ACCAAAACCAUCCCAAUUCGUCGACCGUCAGCAGAAGCAAAUUGAGUUGACAAUAAUGGCAAACACAGAGCAGCACGACACUGAGACAAUCACAAUAAUGACAAAAGAAGGUGUUGGUGAAGAAGAAGCGCAGGGAGAAUUGGCAGUCCAAUCGUCACAACAACAAGCCAAGAAGGAAUCCUCCAAGAAAGGACGUCCCAUUUGUCCCCGUUGCCAUCGACCGACUCCACGAGCGUGUAUCUGCGAAGGUCUUCCGUCGUCUCUUAUUUUGCUGAAUAAAUGUCACGUGUUGGUGCUGCAACAUCCCCACGAGAAACGACGCAAGAAUUGCAGCCUGCCGUUGUUGCAAUUGUGUUUACACUCCAGCAGCAUGACGGUAAUUGUCGCCCGUCGAUUUGGAGAUCAAUGUCCUCCCACUGCCAUGGCUCUUUUACAGCAACAAGCCAAGAAAGUGCUGUUGAUAUUUCCAGAAGACGAUACAGACCAAGAUGACGACAGCAACAAUACCCUCACGUUGACACAAGCCAGAGAGUUCUGUCGGCAAACUACUACUGCUACAAAUGCAUCAUCAUCCAAAGACAAUGGUAGUAAUGAAAGUGACAAAAUUCUGAUUGUAGUAUUGGAUGCCACGUGGAAAUAUGCACGGGAAAUGGACCGGGCCAAUCAACCAUACUACCCCUCCCACAUGAAACGGGUCGCCUUGUCCUGGGACGAUCCACUGCGACCAACCACAGUACCCUUUCGAUUCGAUAUUCGAACACCACCCAGUCAAGUCCAUCUGAGUACGGCCGAAUGCAUUGCCUGGGUACUCUCGGCUUUGGAAGACGAAUCCUCCAAGGACAACCAGUCGCAUAAUAUGUUGUAUUCCAAUCUCAUGAAACCACUGGAUUGCAUGGUACAAAAAUGGCACGAGUGUCGUCGCACGGCCACUGACAAUCACGGCACAAGACGCAACAACAAGCGACAAAAGCAACAACAAGACAGAGUUGAUUCCACUACAAACGACAACAACCAUACUGCGACGAACAACUAUUACACCAAUCCAGACCAUGACACUACAAAACUAUCCGAAAAGGGUGUUUCUCGAACAUCCUUCUUCACCAUGGGAGAUGAUGGGGCCAACAACAAACACAAAAAGUCCAACAAUAAACGACGGAGGAAUAAAUAAUUCGCAAAUAGUUUGGCGUAAGUCAUGAUGGUCGAGCUGUUCUAGCUAGACUACGUUUCGUGUACCGUGUACCGCAUUUCCACCGAUCGUCGGACAACGCCUGUACUAUUAUUUGUGUUGUUCACAUUCAUGGCCCCGUGCAACAAGACUCGCUCCGACACAUUCCGUUGUCCCGCCACAAACAGAUAAAAUGAUCCCCACGUCCUACAGGAUUCAUCAUAGACCACCGUUUCAUUGCGAAUUUGAGCGGCCGUGGCGUGCAACAUGUGCGAUUGCAAUGUCUUGGAGGCAGUCGUUUCCAAAAAGACGAGUGUAUUGUCGGGGGGAGUGUCAUUCAAGACAAACCAGACAUUGAUCAUGGCAAUCGGUGGUACAUCAUUAUUGUCACCGGCUACGAUCCAAGCAUCAUUGUGCAGAUAAUUGGCAUAUUGAUCAGAUGCGUUGCGUAGACUUGGUUUGGCAUACUUUUUAAUUUUCAAUCGAUAGUCUUGUUGGUGGUACUGUUUCAAUCCAGACUUGUAGAAUUGGUAUUUGUCGUGUUGCUCAACAAGCACCUGCCGCACGAUAGGC